AUGGAUGAUCAGCUCAAAAAUGUAACCGAAGAAAUCGGUUUAAUUGCAGGAGAAGUCAUGGAAGAACGACCUGCUUAUAAACCUGCUUCAUCAUCAAGACUAGCUGCUGCUGGAAACGAUUCGGUCAUUGGUUUACGUGAAGAUAUCUUAGCAAUACAUAGGCGCCUUUGUGGAGCGCCAUCCGGUCUUCAAGUCAUCCCCAUUGUGUGGGAAUGGGUUGUGGUAUCGCAAGAUUACAGUCCACAUAGGUUUAGGAAAGUUCUUUUAGAUUCAUUUAAAUUAGUAGAAAAACAAAUGUCUGGAGAUGAGAUUGGUGAAUCUGAAAUUGCAUUGAAAGUGUUUCAAUAUUUGAAGAGAAGGAGGUAUCUUGUUGUAAUCGAUGAUGUUUGGGAUAAGCGUGUUUGGGAUGAUAUAAGGUGCAUCUUUCCGGAUGAUAAUAAUGGAAGUAGAAUUAUGUUAACCACAAGACAAUUGGAUGUGGCAUGUUAUCCUGAAACUGCAGGCGAUGUUCAUGAGAUGUCGUUCAUGAAUGAUUCUCAAAGUUGGGAUUUGCUCAAGUAA